AAAACGAAAUAAGAAGAAGUAAAGAUGGCUACAUUUUUGUGCAGUAUUUUUGUUUGAGUGAAAGAAAUUGUGUCAAAAUAAAUUAAAAGUGCAGAUUGUCUACAAUUAAAUUAAUGCUAUUUAAUAUAAACAAAUAAUAGCCAUUAAAUGCUAUUGAAUUUAACAAGAAAAUAAGCAAACAAAUAUUAAAAAGUGUAUGUGUGUGUGAAAUUAUAAAAAGAAAAAAUUAAAUUCAAUAAAAAACAUGGACAAUUUUGAUAUGUCUGCCACGGGCGAUGAUGGUCAGACAGAGGAUAAAUUAGGUUCAAAUCCAAACCAAAAUGAAAAUAUAAACACAUCAACUACCUUAGGUAGUCCUACCACAAGAAAUGCUCCAAAUUCACCGACAACUACAAGUCCCACUGUAGGAUAUGAAGAAACACAGCUGCAGCAACAACUGCAGCAGCCGACGCAGCAACAACAGACUGUAGCUUCAAACGUAGCUACCGUAGCCACUAUACCAGCCAAUAACAACAAUCCAACACCUGAUAACAACGAAAUUUGCCUUACACAACCACAGCGUAACUCCACAAAUUCCAAUGAAUAUCAUCAACAGUCUACACCCAAAUCUACACGUAAUACAAAUAUAACCCAGGGUACAACAGCGAUAGUUGGUGACUCGACAUCGCCUGUUGCGGAUAAUAAUAGUGAAAAGAAUACCUUGGCAAAUGAGGAAAGUCCUUUGCCACAAAACUUUAACAUAAUAGAAAGUAGCACUUUAAAUGAGUCACAGUUGGUGGCCACAGGUGCCAAUACAAUUGACACGGGUGGUGGAGGUGGAGGAGGAGGGGGUGUGGCAUUAAUAAGUAGCACAACCGCUAAUGUAAACCCACAGCAUAACCAACAAAUAAUAAACAACUAUCAGGGUAUAACAUCAGGCGCAAACACACAAAACGGUGCUAUUCGUACUUAUAAUCCCAUAAUGAUACCACAACGACAAUCCCUAUUACCCUGGGGUACUAAUUCACGUUCCUCUAUAAUUAAUGUUAUACCCUAUACAAAUCCCAUUGGCACUACAGGCAGUACCUUAGCCAACUCAGCAACCAUAAGUAGUAAUCAAUUGGAGACUAACGAUGCCAACUCCUUAAGACCCGGAGAAAUUGUUAUGCGUAAUUUAUUCACCGAUUUUACGUUGCAGGCUGAAAAGAAAAUCGAAUUGGUAAUGUUGGAGAGUGUAGACAAACCACUUUCGAAAUUGUUGCAGCGUGGUGAAGAUCAACAAUUUGAUCAGUUACUCUCCGCCUUGGGUAGUGUAGCCGAACACUGUUUACCAUCGCUUCUGCACACUCUGCUCGCUUGGCACAAACGCCAACUUUCCGAUGCUGAAAUUAAAAAUGAUCUCAAACGUAUGGAAAAGUCAGUAGUAAAUCUCACAAAACCUUUAAAUUCACAAGAUAUAGAAUUUCAAUUGCAACGUCGCGAGGCCGCUGUUGAAUUCAUAUUUUGCUUGGCUCUCAUCGAAAUUCUCAAACAGCUGCCAUUUCAUCCUGGCCACGAGGAUUUGGUUAGAAAUAUUGAAAAUUUAGCUUUUAAACAUUUCAAAUACAAAGAGGGUCUACAGAAUAAUCCCAAUGCUCAUAAUAUACACAUGAUUGCCGAUUUGUAUGCCGAAGUCAUUGGUGUUUUGGCACAGUCACGUUUUAGUUCAGUGCGUAAACGCUUUAUGAGUGAACUGAAAGAGUUGCGAGCCAAAGAACCGUCACCGCAUACAACACAAAGCAUUAUUAGUUUGCUUAUGGGCAUGAAAUUCUUUAGAGUUAAGAUGGUGCCCAUAGAAGAAUUUGAGGCAUCGUUUCAAUUCAUGCAUGAGUGUGGCCAGUAUUUUUUAGAGUUGAAAGACAAAGAUAUUAAACAUGCUUUGGCUGGUUUAUUUGUAGAGAUUCUAGUGCCUGUCGCUGCGGCCGUUAAGAACGAAGUUAAUGUUCCUUGUGUGAAAAAUUUCGUCGAGCUACUUUAUAUGCAAACCUUAGAUGCCUCCACCAAAUCAAAACAUCGCCUAGCACUUUUUCCCCUCGUAACCUGUCUUCUAUGUGUUUCACAGAAAACAUUUUUCCUUUCGAAUUGGCACUAUUUCUUGGCCAUGUGUUUAAGUAACUUAAAGAAUCGUGAUUCGAAAAUGAGUCGUGUGGCUUUGGAAUCACUAUAUCGUCUGCUGUGGGUCUAUAUGAUACGCAUAAAAUGUGAAUCGAAUUCGGCAACACAUUCUCGUUUGCAAAGUAUAGUGAAUUCUUUGUUUCCCAAAGGCUCAAAAGGUGUCAUACCACGUGAUACCCCCUUGAAUAUAUUUGUGAAAAUUAUACAAUUUAUAGCCCAGGAACGUUUGGAUUUUGCUAUGCGAGAAAUUGUUUAUGAUCUAUUGUGUGUGGGCAGGUCUAUAAAGUUAAUUUUAAAUCCCGAACGUAUGAGUAUUGGUUUGAGAGCAUUUUUGGUGGUGGCCGAUUCUUUGCAGCAAAAGGAUGGUGAACCUCCUAUGCCUCGCACUGUACCAGUUCUGCCCUCUGGAAAUACAUUGCGUGUAAAGAAAACCUACAUUAAUAAAAUGCUUACAGAUGACACCGCACGAAGUAUUGGCAUGUCUACGUAUUUUCCUCACGUACGUCGUGUAUUUGUGGAUAUUUUACGUGCCCUAGAUGUUCACUACGGACGUCCGCUAAUGAUGACAAAUACACAAAAUCAAAAUAAAGAACCCGACGAAAUGCUAUCGGGUGAACGUAAACCCCGUAUUGAUCUCUUUCGUACAUGUGUGGCUGCUGUGCCACGUUUAAUUCCCGAUACCAUGACUCCGCAAGAAUUGGUUGAUCUUCUAUCACGACUGACCGUUCACAUGGACGAAGAAUUGCGCAUGCUAACACAUCAGUCAUUGCAAACGUUAGUAAUUGAUUUUCCGGAUUGGCGUCAGGAUGUCGUGCACGGUUAUACACAGUUUCUAGUGCGCGAUGUCACCGACACUUAUCCGCAAUUAUUGGAAAAUUGUACUCGCAUGCUGUUUGUGUUCCUGAAUAUCUGGCGUUGUGCCAUCAAUGUUAACGGCAAUGGUAAUUCGGGCACAAAUACUCUAAAAACUCCCACUUCCACCGGACUCACAACUACCACUAAUGCCGGUGUCACAAAUACACAAAAUGUUUUGCAGCCCGGCACGUCAGUCGCUGGCGUCGGUAUUGUGGGCAAAGAUACCGCUACUAGCCAAUUAUCAAGUGCUAGCAAUGUUAAGAGUAUUAACACCAAUUCAAGUGCCACAUCGAGUAUCACAUCAAGUGGCAUGUCGAGUAUUACACAGGCUACUGUUAUUAAUAUGACCGAUGCUGGAAAGAAAAAUGAAAUUCCAUUGGCAACCACACUACAUUUUGUUGAAGGUUAUGCCUUGGUAUUGCUGUGUAAUUAUCGACCAUAUUUGCGUAAAUUGGCAGCUAUGAUUUUAAAGGAGGUUAAGAAUCUAAUGAAGGCUUUGGGUAUACCGGAGACUGAACCGCCGUUGUUGGAUGUUAUUGAUAAAUGUUGUCCACAGGUCCUAGAGAAAUGUUUGCCACAUUUGCCACAGGCUGAGAAAACAGCAAUAUUAAAUGCUACGCAAAUAGAUUUACAAUGGAUUGCAGAACGUUCGAGUGGUGUGUGGUUAGGUGGACUAACAGAUGACAAUUCAAAAUCCUCUACCUCUACCUUGAAUUUAUCGCAAACCAGCACAACACCACAACAACAAUUUGAUCCAUGGUCAGCAUGUUUGUUUGGUUUUCUUGAAAGAGAUCGCAUUUUACAGAAAUGUCCUUCAGCAGUCGCCCAAGCAUGGCCAAUUUGUUACGCCAGAGUAACAACCCUCUAUAGCGUCAUUGACCCCACACCGGUGAGUGACAAUCGAGCAUCGCUGUUGCGUUCAUCCGCACCAACCAAGAAGGUGCCAACCGAAAGUCAAAAGGAUUUUUAUUUGCGUUUGUGGCGCAAUCAAGUCGUCAUGGCAAUGCGUUUGGUACCACAAAUACCCAGUGUUGCUAUACGUUGUGCUUCACCAGAUUUAAGUUUAAGUUUACAAGAUCAAUCGGAUUCACGUUCCCUAUCCGAUUCCUUGGAUAAUAUACCUUCAAAUGUAUUUGGACCCGAAGGGAUUGUGACACGUUUUACUCUGCCGUUAUCGUAUGGUCGCAAAGAGGCGCGCCAAAAACGUUUGGGUUCAUCACCGGAUUCAUUAAAUGCCGAUCGAAGUGAUAAAUCUGCUUUGGGUAUGGCAUCGCCACAGGCGUUGUACAAACUGGUGGUUCCCCUGUUACGUUGUGAGGUGGCAGAUGUACGCGAUGCUGCUGUAAAUGCUUUGGGAAUGAUAAAUCAUGAUGCUCUCAAGGAUUUAAUGGAGGAAUUAGUCGUCUAUAUACGUGAAGCUGUUGACAGGAAACAGGAAAACAUGCGAAGACGUCGACGACGUGAUGCCCUGCGUUUGCAACUGGUGCGAGUGCUGGAGAAAAUUGCGGAAAAUGGUACAUUCGGUGUAAGUACUUGUGUUCUGGAACGUGAUACAAUGUCUUUGCAUCCAACAUUUGUGGAGUACAUCGAUGGUGCUAUGCAGUAUUUGGUUGCCGAAACGGACAAGGACAAUAUCAGUAUACGUGAGGUCAAGGCACAUUUUUGUAAUUUCAUACGCAAAAUGAUAAAGAACUUUUCAUUGGAAUCGUGUGCUACUUUAUUGACACGUGAUUUAAAAAGAAAUUUAUUCAAUUUAUUUGCAACUUGGUGUGGUACAUUCUCUAAACCCUUGGGCAUUGCAUCUCAAAUUGGACAAAGUGCUGAAGAGGAAAAAUUACAGUUUAGUGCUUUGCAAGCCAUGUCUGCCCUCUUAUGUUGUGGACAUGUUUUCUACACACCAUAUUUAUCAGAUGAUGGCAUCAUUUAUAAAUGGCUUGACAUGCUUCUAGCCUCGAAGGAUGAAAAGAUAUACCAAUUGGCUCGUGAUACAGUUGUUUUGCUAUUGGAAUCAAACCCAGAUAUGGGUCAAUUAUUAGAAUGGGUUAUUGAUCGUUGUUAUACCUCAACGCCUCGAGAAGCUGAUGCAUGCUUUUUAGCUUUAGCUGCUAUUUUUAGUGCAAGAGAAUACCCUUGCGAUCAUUAUACCUCGGUUAUAACAGUAACUCUGCUUAUGACAGGCUGUCCACGUGUGGAAGUUCAUUCGACAGCUUUACUUUUAUUGCAAAUAUUAGAUAAACGUUUCUUUGGCAGCGUUGGUCCACUACAUGCUGAAAAUGAAAAAGAAGAUGACAAAGUUGGCACUUUAGAUGUAUUACUUAGCAGCGCAUAUUGCCGUUCCCAAAGAUUUCUAUCAAAACAGUUGGCUCAAUUGCGUCCUGAGUUAACAAUGUCUAUGUUUUCCGAAAUAACUCAUCGUUUUCAAACGGCACGUGAAGAUGUUCGCACGCUGUUACUUCAGUGUUUACAACCUUGGUUGCACAAUAUGGAACUAGUAGCAACUACUGUGCCACCAGCGACUCCUCUAUCUUAUAUUAUGUAUUUCCCAGACUCUGGUACUCGAGGUCGUAGAGAGGGCACUGGUUCUACGGAAGCAACUGAAAUGAUACUCAAUAAUUUGUUCUAUAUAACAGCUAAGUUUUCGGAUACUCAUCCACGUGAUAUAGAGGAAUUAUGGGGCACUUUGUGUCAGUUUUGGCCCAAUAAUCUAAAAGUGAUUUUACGUUAUUUGGUUAUUAUGAGCGGAAUGUCACCAAAUGAUUUAUUGCCAUAUGCUAAACGUGUUGCAUUGUAUCUGGCUCGAGCCUGCCCGGAUCGUUUGUUGGAUGAGUUGAUGGCAGAACUGCAAACUGUGGAAACGCUUAACUGUUUAAUUGAACGCACUGAAACACCACCUUUUUAUCGUUUAACCAGUAUGCGAAAGGCAUCAAGUCAUUCGGCCGAUGGACAACCAGUUGGUGGUAUAAAUGAUUCGCGCAUUCAAGAUCUCACCGUGGAAAAAGGCACCAUACAUACCAAACGUCAUAGUGGCGAAGACCCUAUUAAAACUGGUACAUGCAAAUCCGACAGCGGCAUAAGAGCAUUUACACAAGCAACAAACAAUCGGCCACCUCGUGGUGCUGAUAAAAUACGUGCAGCAUCAGGACCAUCAAUAUUGCCAAGGCCAGAAGAUAUUUUAAUCAAUGAUCCAGAGUUGCGUCAAGAGGAAAAUGUCGAACUACGUUCAUCAGAUGCUGCCCAAACAGUCUCUGCAUCUACUGCGCCACAUCCAUUGCCAAUGCCUGAAUACGGUGGUUAUUUUGCUCCACUAACAGAAUUCUUGCCAGACGUUAGUUUGCCAAUAAGUGGUUUUCAUCGUUGCAAUGUGGCCGUCAUGUUACUCACUGACAUUGUUGUGGAUGGAAUUCCAGGAAUUGACUGGACUUUACAUUUGCCUUUAAUGUUGCACAUACUAUUUUUAGGACUGGAUCAUACACGAGUCAUCGUACGCGAACAUUGCAAACAAUUAUGUAUGAAUUUAUUGAUUGUAUUAGCUGAACAUAAUGAUCAUUUGACGGUAGCACGCAUUUUGUUGAAUAGUGAAACUACAGAUCUGGAUCUGGGUUUAACCGUGCCCUCAUUGCCAGUAAUUGACAAUAAUUUCACAGAAUCUCAUCAAGAAUUUGAUAGCUAUCUUUACAAUAAUUGUUGCAUUAUCGCGGCAACUGCACCAACAUCUCAACUAACUGGUGCUGCAGCAUCAGCAGCUAUUUAUGCACAAUAUCCAGGAAUGUCCAUGCAAAAUAAUCAAAUUCCUUUGUAUCAUCAGCAUGUGAUUUUAAGUAAUCAACAACAACAGUUGCCACAUCAGCAACAAUUGAUUACGGCAUCAAAUGGCCAACAGCAACCACAACAAGAAGUGCAUACUAAUCUACAACAACCACCGCCCAUUAAUCAAUCAUCACCUUCAUCAUCAGCAUCUCUAACACAACAACAAGUGCAGCAGCAACAGCAACAACAAACACAAAACAUUGUAAAUACAGGAAAUUUACAAAUAAAUCCAAAUACCACCGAAAAUUCUGAAGUUCCUUUAAUAAUUGCUGACGAAAAUGCCCCACCACAACCUGGGCCAACAAUGCCAAUAGCGCAUGUUAUCAAAAGUCUGUUGAAAUUUUUGGCACAAGACUCAUGUCAACCAUUAUGGAAUUAUGAGGAUAUAACAGCAAAAGUUUGGUCCAUAAAAUCUGCUGAACAAUUAAGCUGUUUCCUACGCCAUAUUGUUAAGGUUUUCGCCGAUAGUUAUCCUCAAGCUCGCAUUGCCGAACGUUGGGCCCAGACUGCCUUACAAUUGGGACUCUCAUGUUCCUCGCGUCAUUAUGCCGGACGUUGCCUACAAAUAUUUAGAGCUCUAAAUGUACCCAUCAACUCCAGAAUGUUGUCGGAUAUUCUGUCUCGUUUAGUGGAAACAGUGGCAGAGCAGGGUGAAGACAUGCAGGGAUAUGUUACUGAACUAUUGCUAACUUUAGAAGCAGCUGUUGAUAGUUUAGAUUCUGACUUUAGACCCUUGGAUGUCAUGAAGGAUAUAUUCAAAAGCACUCCUAAUCUCAACAACAAAGAUGGUGGUCCAAAUUCAAUAUUAUCAGGUGGCAAGAAAUCUCCCUCUGGCAUGACACCUCAAUCUCCCAACUUUUCUGUGCAAAGUCAUGCCCGCAGCACAAGUUAUUCGGUGUCUUAUUGUGCGCGAAAAUCUACAAAUUCACCUUGUGAUAAACAGGUAGAACUUCGUAAUCGUGCCACUGGUAUAGAUAUGGAACGUAACAUGGCUAAAUUCGGCAUCGUAAGCGGAUCAGCUUUGUCACGUUCUCGUAGUGCUCAGAGUUUGAAAAUGUUGGGUGAUACAGCUACCCAAGAUGAUAAAAUGACUAUAUUGGCUCAAUUGUUUUGGUUAUCUGUUUCCCUUUUGGAAAGUGAUUAUGAACAUGAAUUUCUUUUGGCUUUAAGACUGCUUACCAGGGUAUUACAUCGUCUGCCUUUGGAUCGACCAGAUGCCAGAGAUAAAGUAGAAAAGUUACAGCAACAAUUGAAAUGGACUGCCUAUCCAGGAGUUCAUGCUUUAUUGUUAAAGGGCUGUACUCAUACCUCAACUUAUGAGCCUACCAUUACACUACUUUCACAAUUUGCUCCAUUGCUCAAUUUGCCAGUCUGUGAUCCCACACAGAGUUGUGCUUUUCCCAUGAAUGUUAUAGCCCUCCUGCCCUAUAUGUUGUUGCAUUAUGAAGAUGCCAAUGAAAUUUGUAUACGUAGCGCUGAGAAUAUUGCUCAGGUGUCAUCUGAACUGGGAGCUAAGUUGGAGAAUCUAGGCACAGUUAUGACUUUGUAUAGUCGUAAAACUUUCUGCAAAGAAUCCUUCCAAUGGACCAAGUGUGUGGUGAAAUAUUUACAUGACACUUAUGCCCAUAUGGGUUUACAUAUGUUGGCAUUUCUAAUAGAAAUUUUGGAGAAGGGACCACAACAAAUCCAGGUGCCCGUAUUGAAUGUUAUACAUUGUAUGUUACACUAUGUCGAUUUAACACCGCCUCAGGCUCAAACUAUAAAUGCUGAUUUACUGAGAGCAAUUGGCAAAUAUUUAGAGACCACCAACUGGAAAGAUUCCCUUAAAAUAUUAAAACUUAUUGUUACGCGUAGCUCUUCAUUGCAAGUAGUGCCGCCCAGUGAGGGAGGUAGCGUUGGGUUUUCGUUCUCUUUCUAUGGUACAUAUCCGGAUUCGGAUAUGUUCUGUAAAAAGGAACUAGCCGGACGCACAAUGGAAUUCACUUUCGAUGUCUCGCAAACACCUUUAAUAGGACGUCGUAUUUUACUGAAAACCGAAGAUAAUGCAGCUGGCUCUAAUGUAAAUCCAAAUUCUGGCUCAAACAAUGCAGCAAAUCAGACAGCACAAAAUCAAAUGCGUUCGAAUAACUACAACAAUGGCUCACAUUUGCAUCAACAACCUUCCGUUGGACACAACAACAACAACAGCAGCAAUGUUGGUACACCAAAUUCACCCAGACGUAGCGCUAGCUUAUCGCCAGCCGAUACGGCUCCUUUAAGUGGCUGGAAACGUCCUUGGAUGUGUCAAAGUCGUGUUCGAGAAUGUUUGGUUAAUUUACUAACCACUUGCGGGCAACGUGUUGGUUUACCCAAAUCGCCUUCGUCUUUAAGCCCUACGCUUCUAACUGGAUCAAUAAUCACCAGACAAAGCGUUAUAUUCAGUCAAUCUUCGGAUCUCAUGGAGAGACAGUCAUCGGCUGCUUCCUCAACCGAAGAGACAUCUGGACCUCAGGGUGAUUUAAGCAGUGGUUCACGUCGAGAUGAUGGUCAACCAGAUUUUACCGUUUUCAAAGAUUUUGAUUUCUUGGAAUAUGAAGACAGUAUAGCUGGUGAAUCGACGGACAAUUUCAAUUGGGGUGUUAGACGUCAUCAGUUGUUUGAGGGAGAGGAGGAUAUGUUUAAUUGUGGUAGUGGCAUGGGUGGUGGAGGAGGCACUGGUUCUAUUAAAGGUGGCCAUUCAUCAGCCUUGGAGGAUAGUUUUAGUGAUAAAACACCAAUUUUAAGUAAACGUAGAAGACAAACAGCCGAUGACUCUUCUGAUGAAGAAGCUGAAUCAGAGUCACCCAUAGACGAAGAUCAUCGUCAGUCCUACAAAUCCACAUUUAAUGUAGGACCUCCUACAUCAUUGAGUUUAAGGGAGAGACGUCGCAGAAAUUCCGUUUCUCGCAGUGACACAAGUGGCUCUAGUGCUGGUGAUUUAGGAGAUAUAACUCCCUGUAAUGCUUCACCUCAUUUGCCGGGCAUCAUACGUUUUGGUGCGGCCGUACGCGAUGAAGCUGAGGAAAAUUGGCGCAAACAAUUACAGGCCAUGCUGAUAAAUCAACCCUCGGCUCAUACUUCCGAAUUAUUGAUGCAACUGUAUCGUCUUAUCAAAGAGUUGACAUUCAAAACUAUUAGUAUUUCAAAGGAAGCAAAGAAAUUCUUUACCGGCAUUGGUUCACAGUUGGGUAAUAGAAUUUCCCUGUUUACCGAUUUGCUAAGUUCAAGAGCAGAUCCACCUCGAGUUUGGUGUAGUGAAAAUCAAACUACAACGCCUAGACUAUUUGAGACGUUACGUUUUAAUGUACUCGAAAUACAAGAACAUUUAGAAACCUUUUUCGAUCGUAAGGAUCAAGUAUUGGAGUGCUUGGACUCUGUUAAAACAUCGUGUAAAUUGUCGUUGUUUAAUGAAAAUGAUGUGGCCGCUUCUGGCAUGGACAUAGCAUCUACUUCUACCAUUCCCUAUAUGCCAUUUGAUCCAGCAUCCACUGAAGUUGUAUUGGACUUGGGAAGAGCUUUGUACAAACUGAUGUUUCAACUUUUGCUACUCAUUGAAUCGAAUCAUAAAAUAAGCUCGAAUGUUGUUAAUCAUUUUAGACAAAAUGAAAAUAUGCACGACAUAUCCGAUUUAUAUGCUUUAGUACGUGAUGCCCUAGUGCGCAGCAUAAGCGAAACAGAAUUGGAGACACUUGACACGUCGACCUCAACAGAAGGCGAACAUACACCAACUCCAUCGCCCGGCAUACCCAUGACAAAUGAAGAAUUCGAAACUGCUUUGCAAGAACUAAUUGAUGCUCAAAAAUGGUCAACAGCCAUAACGCAUGUGCGUCAAUACAAACGCAUUACACAAAUGACCAGUUCAAAUUUAAAUCUAACCAUAUUCUCGUAUACGAAUUUGGAUAAUCGCUUGAAAUAUGAUGAAAUGUCCAUUAUAUUGAAUGCAUAUGCACAAAGUAUUAUGAAAGAUAGACAAGAAGCAUUUAUUGUAUCCAAAUCGGACUCGGAAUUAUUUGAAGUUUAUGCCAUUUUAUCGGAAAAUCUCUAUCAUGUUUCUAGUGCUUUGAACACUAUGGAAAUCAAUAUGAAAAGCUAUAGCCAAAAUCAUGGUUCCAGUUCUCAUGUUUUUCGCGGUGAAUCUAGUGAUAUAGUGACAAAUCUCUAAGAUCGUGUAAAUAAUACGAAAUAGAGAAUUCUUCUAGAAAUUUACUCAUUUUAAUUGCACUUUUGUUAUGAACAAAAUAUUCAUAUCUAAAUUUUGAUUAGUUGUUUUAAAAAAAUUCCCGAACAAAAUUAUGUUUAAUUAGUUUUAUUUUAAUUAUUUGUGUUAAAUCUAGUAUUGAAAUUAUUAAAAACUGUGUUUAUUUAAUUUUUUGUGUUAUUUCUAAAUAAUUAUUGCUUUAGGUUUUUCUUUUCGAUUUAAAAUUUUCUUAUAAAUGAAAGAAGGAAACGUUUUUUUAGAUUAUAAGAUUUAAUAUUCGUAAUAAUUAUAAAUAAAUACAAAUCUGCUAUAUGUAUUUAUUAUAAAAAUAAACAUUUGAAAUAAAAGAAUACAAUUCAUACACAAUUUAA